AUGGAGUUUGGAUUGACGGAAGAGCAGGUCCGCGUGUACACAGAGGCAUUCAAUGACAUGGACAAAAAUCACACCGGUGUCCUGCAGCCAACGGAGCUGGGGAUCUUGAUGCGAUCGCGCGGGCAUACACUCUCGGAUGAGGAUAUGCGCGACCUGGCUGCUGACAGGCAUGGGACCGUAACCCUUGCAGACUUUCUACAAAUUAUGGCGAAGCGCGAGCAGGAUGUGCUCCUUCAGCAGAAGCUUGCUCAAGCUUUUGCGGUCUUUGACAAAGAUGGAAGUGGUUUCAUCAGUGUCAAUGCAGAGAGUGAUUUCCGGAAGCAAAUGACGUCGUUAGGAAGCAACCCAUUCACCGACGAGCAGUUUGAAAACUUCCUGAGCGAGUACAGGGCCGAAGCUGCUUCACAACAUCCAGCAGAACAGGAUGGCUUGGUGGACUACCAGGAGUUUAUCAAGCUGAUGCUUCGGAAGGCUCCUUGA